GGUUCGACUGUACUAUUUGGCAUUUGUUUAUAAGUAUAGCUGGAUCAGCGGCAUCCGGUGAACCAGGGCUUCCGAUUUUGCUUUUGCUUGAGAAGGUUAAUUAGUCGUUCAGCUUUCACCAUCUGUAUCCGAUUGUGGGUGUCGUGCUUCUUGGUAGUUCUUGUGGUUGACUCAAAUUGAAGCAAUCGAGUUCUCUUUUAAGCUCUGUGCUCAAAUGGGUUUUGUUGUAUUUCUCUGGGAUUUCUGUUGUCGAUUCGAAACACUGGGAUUUAUGGUUAAUAAUUGGAGUUGAAUUUUGGGCAUUAUUUUUCCUGAUAUGGUGAGCAGAGGACGUUUUGGUUUUUCGGAGUGCCAGAGAAGAUUAGGAAAUUUUUCCCGAACUGUUUUUGCUCUGUGGGCUUUUCAUUUUUUGGUUUCCCAGCCUGUGGAUGGUCUGAGACCAUUGCGGGAGAGGGCUCGGUCAUGGGGCGAUGAGUGGUUGUUCGUAAGAAAAGAUAAGAGUGAUUUGGGUCCAUUUUCUGAAUGGAAUAUUACGGGAACGUAUAGAGGCAGUUGGAGUUUUCUAGAUUCCACAAAUAACUCUUCCAGGUUUCCAGAUUUCAGAAAUUCCAAUGGCAAUUCAAUCAUUGAAUUAAUUAGUACGCCAACAAAAAUAUCUGGUGUACAUUAUGUUCAGGGGGUUGUUAUUUUCCAUGAUGUAAUUGAUAAUGAACAUGAUGUUGCUGGAGUUCAAAUUAAGGUUGAGGGUGUAUAUAUUUGGCCUUUUAGACAGCUUCGGAUGGUAGCUAACAGUGGAAAGGGAGGAGAAUAUAAACAAGAAGUUGACAGUAUCUUAUCCAAUCCUUAUCAUCUGCUUGGAGUUUUCUCCUCCCAGGUGUUCCAAGAAUCUCCACAAGAUAAGAUGUGGAGAAGAAGCCAUUCACCAAUUUAUGAAAUGGAGAAGCAUUGCAAUAUCGAGAUAGCAGCUCAAAUAUCACAUUUCUCCUCUGCACAAAAUGUAAAUGGAGAACGUGAACAUUACCAUAUUGAAGGAUUAAUGGAGAGUCCUGCAGUAGACGAUGAUGGAGAUUGCUUCUCACCCUUAGUACUAAAUGCCACUUCUGUUAACAUUGAGAUCUACUACAACAAAGCAGUGAAUUAUACCUUGAUGGUCACUUUUGUCUCUUUCCUUCAAGUACUUCUCUUGAUUCGGCAAAUGGAACAUAGCAACACUCAAUCUGGUGCAGCCAAAGUUUCAAUACUAAUGAUCGGUCAACAGGCUAUUAUGGACGCUUAUUUAUGUCUUCUGCAUUUGACAGCAGGAAUAUUAGUUGAAUCCUUAUUUAAUGCAUUUGCAACUGCUGCAUUUUUCAAGUUCGUCGUGUUCUCAAUUUUUGAGAUGCGAUAUCUUCUUGCAAUAUGGAAAGCCAGUAGGCCCAUGAACAGUGGAGAAGGUUGGGAAACCAUGAGACGUGAACUUUCAGUUCUAUAUAGCCGUUUCUAUGGAAUCCUUUUGGGAGGCAUUUUUAUUAUGUACGAGUUGCAUCGUUUUCUGAGACCAAUUCUUCUCCUCAUGUAUUCCUUUUGGAUACCUCAAAUAGUCACCAACGUUGUUCGGGACUCGAGAAAACCUUUGCACAUAUAUUACAUCUUAGGCAUAACUGUGACUCGGCUCGCAAUUCCAAUGUAUGUCUUCGGCUGCCCCCACAACUUCAUGCGUAUCCAGCCUGACAAAACUUGGUGCAUUUGUUUGGGCGUCUUUACUUCUCUCCAAGUGGCCAUUCUUCUUCUUCAGCACUACCUAGGAUCCCGGUGGUUCAUCCCUCGUCAGAUUCUACCCGAGAAAUAUAGCUACUACCGGAGGUUAGAUCAAAAUGGGAACCACGCCACGGAUUGUGUUAUUUGUAUGACCACCAUAGAUAUUACACGCCCCAACGAUUGCAUGAUUACACCAUGUGAUCAUUUCUUCCAUUCGGGUUGCUUACAAAGAUGGAUGGAUAUCAAGAUGGAAUGCCCGACUUGUCGCCGUUUGCUGCCGCCUGCCUGAUUGUACCUAGUAGCAUCGUAUCUACAUCCAUUUACAAUCAACUGACAUUGCAUUGCCUUGCCCCCAAAUUUUGGUUGGGAAAACAAGAGCAGAUUUGAAGCAGCUUUUUAAGAUGUAAUGUAGAGGGUUACAAAAUGUGAGGCUUGGCUUCAUCAACAAACUCAUCCACUGGCUGAUCUGUAUUGUUUGUAUAAUGUAUAUCUUUUCUGUACAUUGAUACAAUAUCUGUAGUUCAUUAGGGUUGUACAAGUCACUAAAAUUUCUUCUUACUUAGAAUCUUUGUUUUCUGUUUAAAGUAAUAAAAGUUGUUUAAGUUUUAA